AUGGCCGACGACGCCCAGCCCGACGAGGAGACGGUGCAGGCGCUGCGGGACACGGCCGGCCGCCUGCGCAUCCACUCCCUCCGCGCCACGAGCGCCUGCCGCUCCGGCCACCCCACGUCGUGCUGCAGCGUGGCCGAGAUCGUGGCCGUGCUGUUCUUCCACACCAUGCGGUUCAAGCACGCCGAGCCGCGGCACCCAGACAACGACCGCUUCGUGCUCUCCAAGGGCCAUGCCGCGCCGGUCCUCUAUGCUGUGUGGGCGGAGUUAGGCGGCCUGGGCGAGGCCGACCUGCUGCACCUGAGAAGCGCGCGCUGCGACCUGGAGGGCCACCCCACCCCGCGCCUGCCCUUCGUGGACGUGGCCACCGGGUCCCUGGGCCAGGGCCUGAGCGCCGCCUGCGGCAUGGCCUACACCGGCAGGUACCUGGACCGGGCCAGCUACCGCGUCUUCUGCCUGCUGGGUGACGGCGAGGCCGCCGAGGGCUCAGUCUGGGAAGCCCUGGCCUUUGCCUCCCACUACCUGCUGGACAACCUGGUGGCGGUCUUGGACGUGAAUCGUCUGGGCCAGAGCGGGCCGGCGCCCCUGGGGCACUGCACUGAGGCCUAUCAGGGCCGCUUCGAGGCUUUUGGGUGGAACACCUGCCUGGUGGACGGCCACGAAGUGGCCGCGCUGUGCCAGGCGUUCUGGCAGGCCGCCCGGGUGAAGCACAAGCCCACUGCCAUAGUCGCCAAGACCUUCAAGGGCCGGGGUAUUCCAGACAUCGAGGAUGCGGAAGGUUGGCACGGAAAGCCAAUGCCGCAAGAAAGAGCAGAGGCAGUCAUCCAGCUGAUUCAGAGUCAGCUGCAGGCCCACCGCAAUCUUCUACCGAAACCCCCUGUGGAAGACUCGCCACAAAUCAACAUCACGAAUGUAAAAAUGACCUCUCCGCCCGAAUACAUAGUUGGCGACAAGAUAGCAACGCAGAAAGCAUGCUAUUUGGCUCUGGAUAAACUGGGCCAUGCAAACGAAAGAGUUAUUGUUCUGAAUGGUGACACAGUGAACUCCACCUUUUUUGAAAUAUUCAAGAAAGAACACCCUGAACGUUUUAUAGAGUGUUUUAUUGGUGAGCAAAAUAUGGUGAGCGUGGCACUGGGCUGUGCCACACGUGAUCGAACCAUUGCUUUUGCUAGUAAUUUUGCUGCUGUUUUCACCCGAGCAUUUGAUCAGAUCCGAAUGGGAGCCAUCUCUCAAACCAGUAUCAACCUUAUUGGUUCCCACUGUGGGGUUUCCACUGGAGAAGACGGAUCUUCCCAGAUGGCUCUGGAGGAUCUAGCCAUGUUUCGGUGCGUUCCCAAUUGCACUAUUUUUUAUCCAAGUGAUGCCGUCUCGACAGAGCAUGCUGUUUAUCUAGCUGCCAAUGCCAAGGGAAUGUGCUUCAUUCGAACAAGCCAACCAGAAAUUGCAGUUAUUUAUACCCCACAAGAAAAUUUUGAGAUUGGUCAGGCCAAGGUAGUCCGCUGCACUGCUAAUGACAAGGUCACAGUUAUUGGAGCUGGAGUUACUCUACAUGAAGUUUUAGCAGCUGCUGACAAUCUUUCUCAACAAGGUAUUUUUAUCCGUGUCAUCGACCCAUUUACUAUUAAACCCCUGGAUGCUGCAACCAUCAUCUCCAGUGCAAAAGCCACAGGUGGCCGGGUUAUCACAGUGGAGGAUCAUUACAGAGAAGGUGGCAUUGGAGAAGCUGUGUCUGCAGCUGUCUCCAGGGAGCCUGGCAUCAUUGUUCAUCAGCUGGCAGUGUCAGGAGUGCCUCAAAGUGGAAAACCUAGUGAAUUGCUGGAUAUGUUUGGAAUCAGUGCUAGACACAUCACAGCAGCCGUGAAAUAUACUUUAAUGGACUAAAAUAAGCUCAUUUCUUAACAAGUGUCUGUUGGCUUUAGUCUUAAAGUACUGGUAUCAUAUUAAAUUCAUGCUUGGUACAAA